AUGCUGUCUGCACGUUCCGCCAUUAAGAGACCCAUUGCUCGUGGUCUUGCGACAGUCUCCAACUUGACUAGAGAUUCAAAAGUCAACCAAAAUUUAUUAGAAGAUCAUUCUUUCAUUAACUACAAGCAGAAUGUGGAAACACUGGAUAUUGUAAGAAAAAGGUUAAACAGACCAUUCACCUACGCCGAAAAGAUCUUGUACGGUCACUUGGAUGACCCUCAUGGGCAAGAUAUCCAAAGGGGUAUUUCAUACUUGAAAUUAAGACCAGAUCGUGUUGCUUGUCAAGAUGCUACUGCUCAAAUGGCCAUCUUGCAAUUCAUGUCCGCUGGUUUGCCACAAGUUGCUAAGCCGGUCACUGUCCAUUGUGAUCAUUUGAUUCAAGCACAAGUUGGUGGUGAAAAAGAUUUGAAGAGAGCUGUAGAUCUAAACAAGGAAGUUUACGACUUUUUGGCCUCUGCCACUGCAAAGUAUAACAUGGGUUUCUGGAAGCCAGGUUCCGGUAUCAUUCACCAAAUUGUUUUAGAAAACUACGCUUUCCCAGGUGCUUUGAUCAUCGGUACUGACUCGCACACGCCAAAUGCCGGUGGUUUAGGUCAAUUGGCUAUUGGUGUUGGUGGUGCUGAUGCUGUUGAUGUUAUGGCAGGUCGUCCAUGGGAAUUGAAGGCCCCAAAAAUCUUAGGUGUUAAGUUGACUGGUAAGAUGAACGGUUGGACUUCUCCAAAGGAUAUCAUUUUGAAAUUGGCUGGUAUCACAACUGUCAAAGGUGGUACCGGUAAAAUUGUCGAAUAUUUCGGUGAUGGUGUUGAUACCUUCUCUGCUACUGGUAUGGGUACCAUUUGUAAUAUGGGUGCUGAAAUUGGUGCUACUACUUCUGUUUUCCCAUUCAACAAAUCUAUGAUUGAAUAUUUGGAAGCCACUGGUCGUGGUAAAAUUGCUGACUUUGCUAAAUUAUACCAUAAGGAUCUAUUGUCAGCCGAUAAAGAUGCUGAAUACGAUGAGGUCGUUGAAAUUGACUUGAACACUCUAGAACCAUACAUUAAUGGUCCAUUUACCCCAGAUUUGGCUACUCCAGUCUCUAAGAUGAAGGAUGUUGCUGUUGCUAAUAACUGGCCAUUGGAUGUCAGAGUCGGUUUGAUCGGUUCUUGUACGAAUUCCUCUUAUGAAGAUAUGUCUCGCUCAGCAUCCAUUGUUAAAGAUGCCGCCGCUCAUGGUUUGAAAUCUAAGACCAUUUUCACUGUUACCCCAGGUUCUGAACAAAUCAGAGCCACUAUUGAACGUGAUGGUCAAUUAGAAACUUUCAAGGAAUUUGGUGGUAUCGUCUUGGCCAACGCCUGUGGCCCAUGUAUCGGUCAAUGGGACCGUAGAGAUAUCAAGAAGGGUGACAAAAAUACUAUUGUCUCCUCUUACAACAGAAACUUCACAUCUAGAAAUGAUGGUAACCCACAAACUCAUGCUUUUGUUGCAUCUCCAGAAUUAGUAACUGCAUUCGCCAUUGCUGGUGAUUUGAGAUUCAACCCUCUAACAGACAAAUUAAAGGACAAGGAUGGUAAUGAGUUCAUGUUGAAGCCACCACAUGGUGACGGUUUGCCACAAAGAGGUUAUGAUGCUGGCGAAAACACUUAUCAAGCUCCACCUGCAGACCGUAGUACUGUUGAAGUUAAAGUUUCUCCAACUUCAGAUCGUCUACAAUUGUUGACGCCAUUCAAGCCUUGGGACGGUAAGGACGCUAAAGACAUGCCAAUCUUGAUUAAGGCCGUCGGUAAGACAACUACUGAUCAUAUUUCUAUGGCUGGUCCAUGGUUGAAAUACAGAGGUCAUUUAGAAAAUAUUUCUAACAACUAUAUGAUUGGUGCUAUUAAUGCUGAAAACAAGAAGGCCAACUGUGUUAAAAAUGUAUAUACUGGUGAAUACAAAGGUGUUCCAGACACUGCUAGAGAUUACAGAGACCAAGGUAUCAAAUGGGUUGUUAUCGGUGAUGAAAACUUUGGUGAAGGUUCCUCUCGUGAACAUGCUGCCUUAGAACCAAGAUUCUUGGGUGGUUUCGCUAUCAUCACAAAGUCUUUUGCCCGUAUUCAUGAAACCAACUUGAAGAAACAGGGUCUAUUACCAUUGAAUUUCAAGAAUCCAGCUGAUUAUGACAAGAUCAACCCUGAUGACAGAAUCGAUAUUUUGGGUCUAGCCGACUUGGCCCCAGGUAAGCCUGUAACAAUGAGAGUCCAUCCAAAGAAUGGCAAGCCAUGGGAUGCGGUAUUGACUCAUACUUUCAACGAUGAACAGAUUGAAUGGUUCAAGUAUGGUUCUGCCUUGAAUAAAAUCAAGGCCGAUGAGAAGAAAUAA